CGGACGGGCCCCGGCCGCCGCCGCCGCCACCGCGGUUGUUGGGGUUGUGGCGAGCGAGAUCGAGGUCAUCGAGAUCGUGGUCAUCUGAUUGUGGGUCAUCGAGAUCGUGGUCAUCGCGAUCGAGGUCAUCGAGAUCGAGGUCAUUGAGAUCGAGGUCAUCGAGAUCGUGGUCAUCUUGAUCGGGGGUCAUCGAGAUCGAGGUCAUCUCAAUCGGGGGUCAUCGCGAUCGUGGUCAUCGAGAUCGAGGUCAUCUCAAUCGGGGGUCAUCGCGAUCGAGGUCAUCGAGAUCGUGGUCAUCGAGAUCGAGGUCAUCGAGAUCGCGGUCAUUGAGAUCGAGGUCAUCGUGAUCGUGGUCAUCUUGAUCGGGGGUCAUCGAGAUCGAGGUCAUCGAGAUCGAGGUCAUCGUGAUCAAGGUCGUCUUGAUCGGGGGUCAUCGCGAUCGUGGUCAUCGAGAUCGUGGUCAUCGUGAUCGAGGUCAUCGAGAUCGAGGUCAUCUUGAUCGGGGGUCAUCGCGAUUGAGGUCAUCGAGAUCGAGGUCAUCGAGAUCGUGGUCAUCGUGAUCGAGGUCAUCGAGAUCGAGGUCAUUGAGAUCGAGGUCAUCUUGAUCGGGGGUCAUCGCGAUUGAGGUCAUCGAGAUCGAGGUCAUCGAGAUCGUGGUCAUCUUGAUCGGGGGUCAUCAAGAUCAAGGUCAUCGAGAUCGAGGUCAUCAUGAUCAUGGUCAUCUUGAUCGGGGGUCAUCGCGAUCGAGGUCAUCGAGAUCGAGGUCAUCUUGAUCGGGGGUCAUCGCUAUCGUGGUUAUCGAGAUCACGGUCAUCGAGAUCAUGGUCAUCUGAUUGUGGGUCAUCGAGAUUGUGGUCGUUGAGAUCAUGGUCAUCGCAAUCGAGGUCAUCGUGAUCGAGGUCAUCAAGAUCGAGGUCAUCGCGAUCGUGGUCAUCUUGAUCGGGGGUCAUCAAGAUCGCGGUCGUCGAGAUCGCGGUCAUCGCAAUCGAGGUCAUCGAGAUCGUGGUUACCUUGAUUGUGGGUCAUCGCGAUCGUGGUCAUCGUGAUUGUGGUCACCUCGAUCAUGGGUCAUCGCGAUCGUGGUCAUCACGAUUGAGGUCAUCAUGAUCCCGGUCAUCGCGAUCGUGGUCAUCGCGAUCGAGGUCACCUUUACUGUGGGUCAUCAUGAUCGUGGUCAUCGCGAUCGUGGUUAUCACGAUCGUGGUCAUCGCGAUCAUGGUCACUUGAUCCCAGCACUGUGAAUGUGGGUCAUCACGAUUGUGGUGACCUGGAUCGUGGGUCAUCGCGAUCGUGGUCAUUGUGAUCGUGGUCACUUGAUCCUGACACCACGAUUGUGGGUCAUCACGAUCGUGGUCAUCGCCAUGACGGUCACCUUGAUUGUGGGUCAUCGUGAUUGAGGUCACCUUGAUCAUGGGUCAUCGAGAUCGUGGUCAUCACGAUUGAGGUCAUUGAGAUCGACGUCACUAUGAUCAUGGUCAUCGCGAUCAUGGUCACCUUGAUCAUGGGUCAUCGAGAUCGUGGUCAUCACGAUUGAGGUCAUCAUGAUCCCGGUCAUCGCGAUUGUGGUCACUUGAUCCCAGUCACUAUGACCAUGGUCAUCGUGAUCACAGUCAUCAUGAUUGUGGUCAUCGCGAUCGUGGUCGCCUUGAUCCCGGUCACCUCGAUCGUGGUCACCUCAAUCCCGGUCACCUCGAUCCCGGUCACCUCGAUCCUGGUCACCUCGAUCCAGGUCACCUCGAUCCCGGUCACCUCGAUCCCUGUCACCUUGAUCGUGGUCACCUCGAUCCCGGUCACCUCAAUCCCGGUCACCUCGAUCCCGGUCACCUCGAUCCCGGUCACCUCGAUCCCGGUCAGCUCGAUCGUGGUCACCUCAAUCCCGGUCACCUCGAUCCCGGUCACCUUGAUCCCUGUCACCUUGAUCAUGGUCACCUCGAUCCCGGUCACCUCAAUCCCGGUCACCUCGAUCCCGGUCACCUCGAUCCCGGUCACCUCGAUCCCGGUCACCGUGAUCGCGGUGGAUCGAGUGGACAGAGCGGUCGGACCGGCGUGGGGGUGGGGGUGGUGGUGUGGGAGGGUUGGCUGGGGCAACGUUGGGAGAUCUCCCAGGGGAAGGAUUUCUCCAGUGGAUCUCUGGAGAUCUCCCAGGGGAAGGAUUUCUCCAGUGGAUCUCUGGAGAUCUCCCAGGGGAAGGAUUUCUCCAGGUGGAUCUCUGGAGAUCUCCCAGGGGAAGGAUUUCUCCAGGUGGAUCUCUGGAGAUCUCCCAGGGGAAGGAUUUCUCCAGGUGGAUCUCUGGAGAUCUCCCAGGGGAAGGAUUUCUCCAGGUGGAUCUCUGGAGAUCUCCCAGGGGAAGGAUUUCUCCAGGUGGAUCUCUGGAGAUCUUCCAGGGGAAGGAUUUCUCCGGGUGGAUCCCAGGAACUCUUUCAACAAAGGAUUUCUCCAGCUGGAUCCCAAGAACUCUUCCAGCAGAAGACGCUUUGGACAGAUCCUGGAAGUUCUUCCAGGGGAGGGUUUGUCCAGGUGGAUCCCAGGAACUCCUGCAGGGGAGGAUUUCUCCUGGUGGAUCCCAGGAGAUCCUCCAGCAAAGGAUUGGCCUGGAUGGACACAGGAAGUUCUUCCAGGGAAGGACUCGUUGGAGCAGAUCCUGGGAGAUCCUCCAGGGGAGGAUUUCUCCAGGUGGAUCCCAGGAGCUCUUCCAGUCAAGGACUGGUCUGGAUGGAUCCCGGGAGUUGUCCCAGGGAAGGACUGAAGGAUUUCUCCCAGUGGAUCCUGGAAGCUCCUCCGGGGAUCCCAGAAAUUCCCCCGGAUCCUGGUCUUGAUCCCAGUGGGAAUGGGGUGGGAUGGGGAGAGAUCCAGGAGGUCCUGGAGGGAACGAUUCGUUGGGGUGGAUCCCGAGAGCUCCUCCAGCAAAGGAUUUCUCCUGGUGGAUCCCAGGAAUUCCCUCGGGAAGGAUUUCCGAUUUCUCCUGGUGGAUCCCAGGAAUUCCCUCGGGAAGGAUUUCAGAUUUCUCCUGGUGGAUCCCAGGAAUUCCCUCGGGAAGGAUUUCCGAUUUCUCCUGGUGGAUCCCAGGAGCUCCUCCAGGGCCUCGAUCCCGGAGGUGGUUCCGUGGCUCCGGUGGGGUUCAGACACCGGGGGGAACGUUGGGAUCUCCUGCUCCAGGUGGGUUUUCCUUGGAAUGAGGGGAGUGGGAUCCAUGGAUUCCCAUGGACUGAGAACUUUGGGAUCCCCCUGGACUGAGAACUUUGGGAUCCCCAAUUUGCAACUGAUUGAGAACUUUGGGAUCCCCAUGGAUCAAAAACUUUGGGAUCCCCCUGGAAUGAGAACUUUGGGAUGCCGAAUUCCCACCGGAUCGAGAACUUUGGGAUCCCCAAUUCCCAGUGGAUCAGGAACUUCGGGAUCCACCAUUCCCCAUGGACUGAGAACUUCGGGAUCCCUGUGGACUGAGAAUGUUGGGAUCUCCAAUUCCCUGUGGAUCAAGAAUUUUGGGAUCCCCAAUUCCCAACGGAUCGAGAACUUUGGGAUCCCCUUGGAAUGAGCACUCUGCGAUGUCCAUGGAUUGAGAACGCUGGGAUCAGGAAUUCCCAACAGAUCAAGAACUUUGGGAUCCCCAAUUCCCAAUGGAUCCCGAACUUUGAGAUCCCCACAGAUCAAAACCUUUGGGAUCCCCAUGGACUGAGAACUUUGGGAUCCCCAAUUCCCAAUGGAUCCCGAACUUUGAGAUCCCCACAGAUCAAAACCUUUGGGAUCCCCAUGGACUGAGAACUUUGGGAUCCCCAAUUCCCAAUGGAUCCCGAACUUUGGGAUCCCCACAGAUCAAAACCUUUGGGAUCCCCAUGGACUGAGAACUUUGGGAUCCCCAAUUCCCAGUGGAUCCCGAACUUUGGGAUCCCCACAGAUCAAAACCUUUGGGAUCCCCAUGGACUGAGAACUUUGGGAUCCCCAAUUCCCAGUGGAUCGAGAACUUUUGGGAUCCCCCAGGAACAAGAACUUUGGGAUCCCCACAGAUAAUAAACGUUGGGAUCUGGAAGUCCGAGUGGAUCCCAAACUUUGGGAUCCCCAAUUCCCAACGGAUCGAGAACUUUGGGAUCGUCUUGGAAUGAGAACUCUGCGAUCUCCAUGGAUUGAGAACUUUGGGAUCAGGAAUUCCCAACGGAUCCUGAACUUUGGGAUCUGAAUUCCCAGUGGAUCCCGACCUUUGGGAUCGGGAAUUCCCAGUGGAUCCCGACCUUUGGGAUCCCCAAUUCCCCCUGGACUGAGAACUUUGGGAUCUGGAAUUCCCAGUGGAUCCCGACCUUUGGGAUCUGGAAUUCCCAGUGGAUCCCGACCUUUGGGAUCCCCAAUUCCCAGUGGAUCCCGACCUUUGGGAUCUGGAAUUCCCAGUGGAUCCCGACCUUUGGGAUCCCCAGUUCCCUGCCCCCGCCCCCCCGUUUUCCCGCAGGAAUAUUCAUCCCCUUAUUUAAAAAUCCGGGAAUUCCCAUCCCUGCUCCCCUUUCCCCGCCCCCCGUGGACAUUCUGCACUUUAUUCCAGGCUCUGGGAAUUUUUGGGGGUUUUUUUUUGGGAUCAUCCCGUCCCUCACCCCGCGAAAUUCGGGAAUUUUGGCCUCCCGGGAAAUCGGGAUGAGCCCGGCUGGAAAAAUCCCCGGAGCUUUUAUGCAAAUCCCUCCACUCCCAUCCUGCUUUUCCCAGCCCAAAAUUCCCAAUUUUUCCCCCCUGCUCUGAUUUUUCCCGCCCAGGACCAAUCCCAGAAAUUUUCGGGGCCAAAAAAGGAAAAAAAAAUAAAUAGGAAAAAACAGAAAAAUCCCGUAAGGAUGGAAAUUCCCAACAGAAUUCCCAUUCCUGCCACGCUUCGGCUCCGAGGGGAUUCUUUUUAGGGAAUCUCCUGAUUUUUAGGGAAUUUUAACCCCGGGAUCCGGCUCCUUGGAGGUCCCGGUGCUUUUAUCCCGAUUUUCCCGCUUUUAUCCCGAUUUUCCUGCUCUUUUCCCCCUUUUUUUCCCAUUUUUUCUUCCCCCUGGCUAUGCAAGAGCUCCCCUGGGAUGGAAAUCCUGGAAAAAAUCCUGGAAAAAUCCUGGAAAAAAGAAAAUCCCAGAAAAAAACAACAAAAAACCCCAAACCCAAUCCCAGGAACGGCCCCUAAAAAGCCCUGGGGGAAAUCCCGGGAUUUGGGAUCCGCCGGGAAAGACGUCGGGAUUCCCUGGAUAUGCAAGGAAUAAAUCUGUGAAAAAUGGGA